AUGCCCAAAGAUGAACAUUACGGCAAAGGUGACAUCGAGCUGUGGAACACAACCACGAAUGACAUAACUAGCAACCUGAACCUGAGCAUGAACAGGCAAGGAAGUGUCAGCAUGCAUAGAGUUGCUGGCAAAUUUUAUUUUGCGAUCAGUCAAGAAUCAGUUUCGUAUGACAUCUCAAUUCUCAAAUACCAGACACACAUUGAUGAAGUUCCGUGGACCCUCAUUGCCGCCUGUGCCGACACACUUGAAAAUGAAUUGGAUGACUAUUUCUGGCAAAAAGUCAACCAUGGACGUAAGGACAAACUCCUGUCAGACGUUGCAUGGUCUACACAUGGCGACAAGUAUGAUGUGUCUCGUGAAUAUGAUACUGUGGAGCUUCCCCUCUUUGACCAACGAGGGUGUACGCGCAAGGUCGUACGCCCCUUCAGCAAAGAUAUGUGGAUCAGAGUGCAUGCCAAUGGUUUGUUGACGUUUGCUGAAGAGAAGAAAUUGGACUUCAUAUUGCAAUUCAUUGUUGUAUACCAUCAAAUGAUCCCUCAAUGGCCCCAAUUCUGGACGCAAGAAGAAGGAAACCGGACUACCAUCCAGCUAUGUCGCACCUCGCUGUGGACUCAUGAAGAAACUGUGAAGUAUCUGGCGGAGACCAACUCGACGUUUCCAGAAGCACUAGAAGCGGAAUUGAAGCCUCGCAUCCUACGAGCCCGACAGCUGUUAGGUCGUGAGACAGCCCCUGCACAGCCCCAGAGGACUAAUGCUAACCCUCUAGCACCGUCAGGGGAAAACAGCGCUGCGGUUGAGGCAAGACCGCCCCAACCGCCCAAGCCACCAGACCCACCAAGGCGCACUGCAGAAGCUGAUGACAAAGCCCGCAGGUACUUUAGGAUGCUUUCACAAAUCAAUGCUCAGGCAAGUCGAUUUGAGCCCCCUUCACUACAGAUUCGCCCAGGACUGCCGGAAGCUACCAAUGCUGCCCCGCAAGAAGAAGAACUCACCGCGAUCCGACAGCCGACAGAUACUACCACGACAUCCAAUGCAUGCCAGCCUGCCAAGAUUGCGGCCUGUCAGAUUGCCACACUGCGCACAGCGGCUGUUCCUGACGUGCCACCAACUCCAGGAAGCCCCGACCCUAAGGAUCCAGAGCAAGGUGCAAUCAGUAACCCAGGUACGCCUGAAAUUAUGGUCACUGUUUCCUGCUCCAAUGAUGAACAACAACAAGUUCGUGAUGAACCAACGCCGAGUGGAACAGACUCCCCUACCUUGGACACAUCUGCCCCAGCUGGACAAACAGACUCUCCGACCUUGGACACACCUGGCCUAGAAGAACGGCCUCCCAUUCGUACACCAGUGGAAGGAAAAGAUGAGACGGAACUCUGGUUGGUGCCUGACAGCGUGGACAGUGAAUUUGCAGAUACAACUGAGACAGCUUUCAUCGAAGAUGCCUUUUCUAAGGUGGGAUUGAAGGCUGUUAAGGCAGCAGACCAUCGGUUGUGGGAAGAGAGUGUAGCUUCUGGUGACAGCAUGCGUUUGGCAGGUGGCGGUCUUAUGGAAUCUGUGGUAGAUUCGUUGUCUGGAAAGGCAACUGCAACUCUACAUGCACGAGCUGGACCGUUGCUCAAGUUUGCAAAGUUUUGGAAGGACAAAGGGCGCAAGAUUGUACAACGGCCACCGCUGACUGUCGAUCAAAUCGUGGCUCUGGAAGCAACGGUGCGAGAUGUGGGGCGAUCCAAUUACGAUCGCAUCGCAGCUGGGUUUUUCUUACUGCUUGUUUACGGACGUCUGAGGUACAGUGAUGGCCUACAGCUUGUGGACUUGCAGCUUGACUCAACAGAGCGUGGCGGCAGGCUGUCGGGUUUUCUGGAAGCUCGAGCUGAGCGCACAAAGACUUCGGUGACACUGGAAAGGAAAGUAAGAUUUUUGCCAGUUGCCAUCCCCUUGGAAUCCUUGAGCGAACCAUGCUGGGUACCCACAUGGCUGGAUCUCCGCGAUGAAGCGGGGUUGAAUGGCCGGCCACCACACCCUAUGCUACCUUCGCCUCAACUGGGUGGAGGAUGGUCGCCGGUACCUUUGUCAGUGGGAGCAGCUGGUGAUUGGAUGAGGUCGCUGCUGAAGAUUGAGAGUGCGGCUCGUGACAGAGUAGCCACGCACUCAUGCAAGGCGACUUUCUUGGCGAUGGCAGCCAAAUUUGGCAUGGACUAUGACAGCCGGAGAUUUCUUGGCUACCAUAGUGAAGGAAAAGAUCGAUCCCUUUUGACAUACUCGAGAGAUGCAAUGAGUGCACCGCUGAGGAAGUUGGUAUCAAUGAUAUCUGCCAUUAGAGACAGACGUUUCUUUCCAGAUGCAAACCGCUCCGGAUACUUUGCUGCUGAUGAAGAGCUUCCACAAGACGCUGCUGUGGAACAACAAGACGCUGUAUCUGACGGCAGUUCAAGUCGAGAUUCUGCCAGCGAAGAAGAAGGGAAUCCGGAUGAGGAAGAAGCAGUGGUGGCAGAGUUAGAUGGUUGGAAAAUGGUCGCCGAAAGCUCCUUAAGCGCUGCCAUGUCAUACGGAGACAGCACAGCAGUGUUUGAACAGAGGGCUUUGCACAUGGGUCUCAGUGCUGAUGUUUUGAAGCAAAUUGUGGAUAAAGGAUACAAGAACAUGGCAAUGUUUGCAUUUUCAUGCAACUACUCGCUGCGAGCUUCAACUGACAAGCCGUUCCUGGAGAUGAUCUCGGCGACGCUGGGCCGGGACCCUGAUCCAGCAGAGCUCAGUAUCCUCAGAAGACUUUUUAAUGAGAGUUAUGCCAAGGUUGCAGCAGACAUAAAGUCCCAAGUAAAACAGACGGACGAGAGUGUCACACGACGCCUUGCACCAGCAGAACGUGCUGACCGACUCAAGAUCCAACAGCAGAAGUUGAAAGGAUUGGCCAUCAGAGGCCAGUAUGAACCAGCUGAUGCCUUAGUGGACAAAUGCUGCGCUGCAAAUGAGUCCGACAGGCUGUCAUACAUAGAGUGGAGUCUUUGCAUUAGUCGUGAAUAUGAACUUGCAAACAAUGUCAAGAAAGACACUGACCUGUCUUUUAGCAACGAUGGGACUUUGAAGCUGGCCCGGACCUCAAAGAUCGAGCCGAUGCAAGGCAUGACAGAAAUCCAAGUUAGAUACGCUCUGGUUAGAAGGGGCCUGGCCAUGGAUCAAGCUAACAUAAUGGACUAUGCAAAGCAUGACAUGUUGGUUGAGCUGUUGCUUGAUGUGCGGAUGCAAGAGCCGCCAAGUGGCUACCAACGCGUCACCAUGAAACAGCUUGAGAUUGCAGAUAAGAAGUUUUUCGUGCUGAUGGGUGAAGAGACAAGGGCUGGUAUUAAAGCAGCCCAAGAUGGCCGCCCAUGUGACAAAGUGUUUGAUAAGGUCUUCAACUGUGCUGAGUUUAGGCAUCUGCUUCAGCCACGCAUGGCGCCCACUGGUCAAGCAACCAAAGAAGGCUUGGCGCCUAGCUCAGACCCUUCAAACAAACGUGCGAAAACCGGUGGAAAAGGUGACGAGGAGUCAGUUGACUGUGACACCAAUGCUGGUGUCAGCCGUAAGCGACGGCCGGAUUUUGAGCAAAGCAGCUCGACUAAGUUGGAUGCUGCAGCUGUGACAGGUGAUGGGGUCCAUAAGCAUUGGACUCCUGCGCCGACUUUACAGCAGGGACAAGCUAGUCCGGCAGUUACUUGCAAAGAUGGCCCUAUGCCUAAGGCAGGGGAAGCAGAUGUAGGAUGGGGAUACGACUAUGAAAAAGGGGAAUUCAACACAGCCAAGGAGGCUGAAUACCCCGGAGCACUGUGUGAGCAGUAUGCCAAUAUUCUCGAGCGUAUGGUUUUUGGAUCGCUUGACAAGAGACCUUUGGACAUCAACCUCGACAAGGUCAAACCUCAACAACAAACGAAGGGUCGUGGGGUGCCACAAAUUAUUUCUGAAUUUGCAGCUGUGCGCAGUAUUCUGGCCAAAACUGCACCACCUUUGACAGACAAACGGACGUUGACAAGUUCUUGGAUGGGAGUCCCAUCCGGUGCAAAGUUGUUACGAUCUGAAGCAAAACAGGGUGGUAAACAGAUGUACGUUUUUGGAAUUUUUCGAAGCAUGCAACAGUUUGUUAGUGUCGCAAGGCAACUGUGGCACCCUUUUGAUGAGCUGCGCAAUUUACCAGACUGCUUGAUUAGGUGCAUUUUCAACUGCCUAAAAAUUGGCCCUAUGGAGAUGACGAAGCAGCGCAUUAAAACACUGCAACUGUGGACUGAAUGGGAAAAGGAGCUUAGGGCUGAUGAAAUGAUGUUUCAGAGCCAGCUGCAUGAGAAAGUUUCCCAUGUACUUGAAGGCAAAAAGCUGCUACUUUUGGAGAAGCUGGCCACAACCAUAGAUUGGCCGGAUACAAAAUUGCAUCAAGAGCUACGCCAAGGUUUUAUGCUCACUGGUUAUGCUGCACCAACUGGAGUUUUCAGGACUGAGGUAAGACCGGCAGCCUUCGACAAAGAACAGCUGAUGCAAGAUGCAAAGUUUCUUAAACCUCUCUUGCUUGGGAAGGUCGUGUCGCCUUUUCAUAGGGACGAACAUGCUGACGAGCUCUUUGCAAUCACCAUGAAAGAGGCACAAGAAAAACACUGGCUGGAGGGACCCUAUUCGGCUAGUGUAGUGGACGCCAUGUUUGACAGGUGGUUGCCAGUCAGAAGGUUCUCAGUUUUUCAGCGUGGUAAAGUCAGGCCCAUUGACGAUAUGAAGGAGAAUCGGCUGAACCAAGCAUUCAGCAGCGGGGAGAAGAUUGACCUUCACGCGUUGGACUACACUAUUUGGUGUUUGCAGAUUAUCACAAGGUUUUGCAUCUUUGGGGGCAACAUGGAUUUCUGUUUAAGUGAUGGCAGCAGGUUGAGGGCAGCAGUGCACCCGUCUUGGAGGGGCUUGGAACCGAAACUUUUUGCUACGGCCUUCGAUCUUGAAAGCCGCCAUGGCAAAUUGGCGAUGGCGGAUAUCAGAGACUGGGAAAAGAACGAACAUGUGAAGAAAAGCGUGCCACUGGAUGAUGUUUCACGCGCUGCAUUUGAAAUUCUUCUGGCACGUAUCGACUCUGGAGAACCCAAGCGAGUUUCUGUGGAUGAACCACAAAAACCUGUCUUGAUUUUUACAGAUGGGGCGGUGGAGCCCGGUACUUCUGGUGACGUGGAGGCUACAAUAGGAGGUGUGAUUUUUGCUGAUGAUGAUACACAGGUUUUUGGAACACACGUGGACUCACAGGUGUUGCAAGACUGGAUGGAAGAACUGACUCAUCCGGUUGGCCUUACAGAACUGUAUGGAGUUGUUGUGGCAAUGAAACAAUGGGCUCACUUGCUUCGUGGCCGUAGGGUGAUACUUUUCUGCGAUAACUGGGCAGCUAUUGAUGUCUAUGUGAAAGGAACCUCACCAUUGAGACUUUGGCGACAACUUCUACUGGAACUGGAACGUUUGGAUAAUGAUGCCGAGAGCCUUGUCUGGAUGGCGAGAGAAAAGCUCUUGCAAGUUUGUGAUGCUGAAGCGAACCGGGGAAAGACUGAGCAAUGCCUUUAA